AUGGCCCGCGCAAUCGCCGCGCUCGUGCUCUGCGCGGCCGUGCUCGUCGCGGCGGCGCACGCGGGGCGCGUCCUCGAGUACCAUGCGCUCGAGGCCGGGCUCGACGAGGCCGAGGCUGCCCUGGCGCCGCUGGCCGCCGCGUCACCGCCGGCGUCCGCAGACGUGGCCGCGGAUGCGGGCGGCAGCCGGGACGACGGCCGGGAGGUCCGGGAGAGAGGCACCGCGAUCGGCGACGUCCUGUGGUUCGUGCUCCAGUGGGCCAACGAGCCUGCAUCCGGCGACAGGCGGAAGGCUUACUGA